GCUCGCGCUCGCUCCUCCCGCACCCACCUCCCGGGCCCAGGCACACUGCAUCGGCGCGGACGCUCCGGCCCGGGCGAGGUGGCUGCAAACUCGCGGGCACGCACGGCGCCCGGGGAGCCAAGGGACUCGGGGGAGGGGACGCGCGCGGAAGGCGCCAGCUUCCUCCCGCCCGCCCCUAGCAGCCGCGAGCUGAGGUUGGAGGCGCCCGGGGCCACAGCCGGGCAGAGCCGAGCAGCGGCGGCGGCGGCGGCGGCGGCGGCUUCCCUUUUCUCCCCGAGCCGAGCUCCGGAGCGGCGCGGGGACCGGCCCUAAAAAGAGCUGGAAAUCUUGUUUACCGCCCGCAGAGAGGAGCCGAUCGAGCCUUUGUCUGGAAAGUCAGCAUCUCCGGCUCCGGCUGCAAUGUGUUCCUGGUGACAUUAGCAUCGGGCAGACCCGCCGGAGGAGGGGGGUCGCCAGGUUCCCGUCUGCUUUCGGAGGCGGAUCGAGCGGGUGACUUUUGUGCAUUCGUUUUAAUUUUUGGAAAUCUCUCUUUUUUCCUCCCUCGCUCGCUGCCGGGCAUGUCCUGAUCUGGCGGCCGCUCCUACCACCCUGGGCUGCCGAGCAGAGCCGUCGCCAGCGGGUCUCCCUCCCUACCUCCCUGACUUUGCAACACCGCGUUCCGGGAGGACCGGCCUCGGCGAGGGAGGAGGCGGAGGAGCUGCGAACACCCGGACCCAAACCCUGACAUGCUCUGGGGCGGAGAGGAGGAAGCCAGGAGCUGAGCGCGCCGCGGGGGCUGCUUCGCCCGCCGGCUACGAGCGCUGGGCUCCGGGCGCCCUGCCCUGCGCCUGGGCGGCAGCCUUGCUGGUCUGGAGGGCGCCCCCAGCUUCCCGCCCCGGGGAUCCGCGGCCGGCAGGACCAUGCUGCUGAAAGAGUACCGGAUCUGCAUGCCGCUCACCGUAGACGAGUACAAAAUUGGACAGCUGUACAUGAUCAGCAAACACAGCCAUGAACAGAGUGACCGGGGAGAAGGGGUGGAGGUCGUCCAGAAUGAGCCUUUUGAGGACCCUCACCAUGGCAACGGGCAGUUCACCGAGAAACGGGUGUAUCUCAACAGCAAACUGCCUAGUUGGGCUAGAGCUGUUGUCCCCAAAAUAUUUUAUGUGACAGAGAAGGCUUGGAACUAUUAUCCCUACACAAUUACAGAAUACACAUGUUCCUUUCUGCCGAAAUUCUCCAUUCAUAUAGAAACCAAGUAUGAGGACAACAAAGGAAGCAACGACCGUAUUUUCGACAAUGAAGCCAAAGACCUGGAGAGAGAAGUUUGCUUUAUUGAUAUUGCCUGCGAUGAAAUUCCAGAGCGCUACUACAAAGAAUCUGAGGAUCCUAAGCACUUCAAGUCAGAGAAGACAGGACGGGGACAGUUGAGGGAAGGCUGGAGAGAUAAUCAUCAGCCUAUCAUGUGCUCCUACAAGCUGGUGACUGUGAAGUUUGAGGUCUGGGGGCUUCAGACCAGAGUGGAACAAUUUGUACACAAGGUGGUCCGAGACAUUCUGCUGAUUGGACAUAGACAGGCUUUUGCAUGGGUUGAUGAGUGGUAUGAUAUGACAAUGGAUGAUGUUCGGGAAUACGAGAAAAACAUGCAUGAACAAACCAACAUAAAAGUUUGCAAUCAGCAUUCCUCCCCUGUGGAUGACAUAGAGAGUCAUGCCCAAACAAGUGUACGUAGAAUUUUUAAAACAUGUUGCCCACCCUUUCACAAAUGCACUUGUAAAUUGAUCUUGGAAAUACUGCAGGUGCCCGGUUCCCAACCUUCCAUAGAAACAUGUCGUCACCCAGAGCCUGUUGCUGCAGAACCUGAGCUGGAUCUAAAUUGGGCAGUGUCACCUCUCUCUUCCAGACAUUUCGAUCCCUUAAAGUUGCUUGACGUGGAGGUUAUUUCGGUCAUAAAACCAAGAACAUGGAGAGUGGAAACAUUUUUGUGGGACUAGUAAAACGGCCUGCGCCAUAAAAGAGCAGAGGAGUGAAAAUGGAUGUCAUAUGUAAACUAGAAUAACAUGUCAGUAACUUUUAAAAACAUAGCUAACACUCACUUAUUCAUUCAAGGGAGGGCUUCUGGCUCAUCAGCUAUUUUAGGUUUCUUUACAUUUGCUUUGAAAAGCUUUCUGUGGCUCUUUAUAGCUGUUUUACCCAAUCAGUUCCUUUUUACUUAGGAUAAUCUCAAGAUGGGCUACAGUCUGUGCAGACACACAGGCUGAGCAGUGAAGGGGUGUGAGCUGGGGAUGUGCUGAGCUGCCUAGCAGAUCCCUGGGACUUAGGAUAAGCCUUAGAGAGCCUCAGUUAUUUCGUUGCACACUGGAAGUUGACAGCUGACUAUAUACUGUAUGCCAGCAUUUUAAGUAUCAUAAUCUCUCAAUCAUUCAUGCUAAUGGAGGGGAACUAAAGAUAUCAAAGAAAAGUAUAAUCACCAAAUCAUUUCUUUGCAUCGUCAGCCAGAGCUGUGAUCUCUUGAGGUUCCAGCGAGUCCUCAUGUCCAUUGGCCCCGUCUCCAGAAUAAUACAUAGUAGGUGUUCAAAA